CCGAAGAUGUAGCUGAAGAUAGAGCCGGAACUGGGAAUAAGGAGGACAAUAAAGAGCUCGUGAAGCUGAAGGGUCAAGUAGAAGAUGAAGAUGAAGAGGCGAAGCAGGAACAAGAAGAUCAGGCAAAAGAGUCCGUCAGCCAGAAAAAUCUUGACAAGGUUUAUGCCACUGCUGCUUCCGCAUCCGCCGACCAAGAACCGCUGAGGUCACAGAUACAACCAGGAGAUGGAGAAGGACCUGCUCCACCAAUAUCUGCCAGAAGUAGCAAGACUCCUCCUUUGUCUAUCGACUCUUCCAAAGCUUCAUCGAGCAAGCUCUAUCCUACUUCGUGCAAGAACUACAACAAAUUUUUGGCUGCGACGUCACCGAAUCCGUCCGAGAAGUCCUCAGGUAGCAGGGUGCGGAGAAGUAGGC